GUUUGUUUAAGGGCAGUGUGGGAAGUGUGUGCGCUGUUCAGAGUGAGAGUCAGUUUUACGACCAUGUUUUUCCUGACUCCAGUCCUGGUAGCAGUUGUCUGCAUUUUGAUCGUGUGGAUCUUUAAGAAUGGUGAUGGAAGCAGCAAGAGACGGAAGGGGGAGCCCAGAGCCAGGGCCGAGGUUCAUCCCUGGGUGGAUGAGGACCUAAAAGACAAUACUGAUCUCCACCAAGGGGAAGAAGAUGCCAAUGACUGGCAAGAGUCAGAGGAAGACGUCGAACAUAUUCCAUUCUCCCACACCCGGUAUCCUGAGAAGGAAAUGGUGAAGAGAUCCCAGGAAUUUUAUGCACUUCUCAGUAAAAGACGGUCUGUGAGAUUCAUAAGUAAUGAGCAAGUCCCCAUGGAAGUCAUUGAUAAUGUCAUCAAAACAGCAGGAACUGCCCCAAGUGGGGCCCACACGGAGCCCUGGACCUUUGUGGUUGUGAAGGACCCGGACGUGAAACAUAAGAUUCGGGAGAUCAUCGAGGAGGAGGAAGAAAUAAACUACUUGAAAAGGAUGGGACGCCAAUGGGUUACAGACCUGAAGAAACUGAGAACCAAUUGGGUUAAGGAGUACUUGGACACAGCACCUGUUUUGAUUCUGAUUUUCAAACAAGUACACGGCGUCGCGGCAAGUGGCAAAAGAAAGGUCCACUAUUACAAUGAGAUCAGUGUUUCCAUUGCUUGUGGCCUCCUCCUUGCUGCUCUUCAGAAUGCGGGACUGGUGACUGUCACCACCACACCUCUCAACUGUGGUCCCCGUCUGAGGGUGCUCCUGGGCCGCCCCACAAACGAAAAGCUGCUGAUGCUCCUUCCCGUGGGAUACGCCAGCAAAGAGGCCACGGUGCCCAACCUAACACGGAAGCCUGUGGAUCAGAUCAGGGUGACCGUGUAGGCGGGAGCCCAUCUGGGACGCGGGCAGACGACGGCCUGGUCCUCUCUUGUCCCUCUUGGGUCUGCGGGCUGCUCUUUCCACGGGUGUUAGGUCUCCCCAGCACCUCCCUCCGCUCAAGAAACCUUUCCGCAGGAGUCUGAGAGGCUCCUAGCGUGACGAGGUGAACAUAUUCUAGUAAGAGGACGACAGGUGCUUGUCUUCCAUUUCCCAUCUGCUUUGGGGAUGCAUGCAAAUUUUACUAAGAACAAUUUCAAGAUUUUAAAAUUGUUCCAGAAAAAUCCCUGGUGAUUCUUUUUCUCUCUUACACCCUAAAAGCUCGUAUAUAGCAAAGAUUCAUCAGAGAAUUUAAUGUGGCCCCAAGAACUCAGCUCCGUGAUCGUUCUUGAAUUUACAUUUAGAUGAAUCAGAUAGCCUCUGCCCUCUGAUUUCUGGCGGCUCUUAGGCCACGGAUGGGCUUUUGAGAUCCACUCUUUUACUGGACUUCAUGGUCAUCCUGCCAGUUUUUAGCAAGCAACUAGCAAACUAAUGAAAGCGUCCCAGGCCCGGAACAGACAAGUGCACGCCGAGCAGGUGAACCCGAACUGGCAACCAUGCGAACACGUAAGGGGACAGUCGUGUCAUCCGGCGGUGCAUUGGAGCUGGCUCGCCCCAGCCUGCGGAAGCGGAUUGUUCGAUAUUCAGGAAUUUGGUGAGCCAGCUGUUAAACCAUUUGCUGCUUGGAAUCUCCCGUGGUGGGAGUAUUUGUACCACCGCAGUUGGCUGAUACUAUAAUUUUUCUCGAAGAGCACUGUUUUCCAUACCCCGCACCGAACCGUGUCUCUCUUCUUUUCUGCUCCAGACCACAGAAGACACAUCCCUUUUGUGCAGAUGGCACUCAAGCAGUUUGGGACUGGUGGGGUGCGAGGUGUUAGGCUGGGAAUGCCAGACCCCAUCUUUCACCGAUCGUUCCGUCUUCCCUUCCCGGGACUCUGCACACACAGGCACAUGUAGCUCAGAUCCGUUUUUGUCAAGCAGCCCUACACAGCUCUUUCUCCCCUCCACCACCCUUCUCCUCUUCUUUUUCCUCAGUUUCCUCAAGAAAAAAUCUCUUCGGCCUCUUUUUAUUCCACGUGUGAAUACACAAUUUAGGAAAAGCCCUUGGUAUUUUUCACGAGAGUCAGAGCUGGAGACAAACCUGUAUCAAAGGAGGAUGUUCCCCCCCCCCCUUAAAAUAUAACUAGAUGUUACAAGAACCUGUGACCCUCGACCUCCCAAGUCCUUCGAAGGAUCUAGAAGUCUCCUUUGGAAUCUCCAAAGUCUUCCAUCUGUGUUUUCAUUGUUCUCUAAACAUGCUUUUCCCCAAGGCUACAGAUUUUACUAAAUGAAAAUUUUCUUA